UCAUUUUUCCCACUUAUCUCCGUCCGCCGCCGACCUACAGAAACUCGGAGAAACCUAACCGGCGGAUUCAAUUCAGAAGAAACCAUGCGUCUUCACUCAGCAAUUACUCUUCGAAGUUUCUUCACCGGAAGGUCUCUCCGAGUCUCGCAGAAUCUAAGCGUUAUAUCUUCUUCUUCGGCUCCUAUAAACUCGCUAGGCGAUGUCUCAGGUCCAUCACCGUCUCACUAUUCGAAAUCCAGUCUCUCAGAAGCAUCAUCAUCUUCUAGCUCUAGAAUUCUCCGUAUCCCGAACGUUUCAUUCUCCAGGCUCUUCCACGAGAAUCAGAGGAGAUUCGGCACCGACUCUAGUAGCGGCGGCUCACCGCCAGAUAUUAACAAGGUAGUGGACGAGAUCAAUCUCAAAUUCGCUGAAGCUCGUGAGGAGAUCGAAAUGGCUAUGGAUUCGAAGGAGACGGUUUACUUUAACGAAGAGGCAGAGUGCGCGAGAGCCGCCGUGGCGGAUGUUUUGGAGAUGUUUGAAGGUUUGCUCGGGAAAGUUACAGAGAAGGAGAAAGCAUCUCUGCAGCGAUCCAUGGGACUCAAGAUCGAACAGCUCAAAGCUGAGCUUCAACAGCUGAACGAGUGAUUGAUUGAGACGAUGUCGUUCUUGUGGAGAACGAAGAGGUCAGCAGAAAUUUUCAUCUUCACCGAAUUGGUCACCGAGCCAUUGUUGUUUUAUUAUAUAUCUGUGUGCUUCAAUAAAUUUAGUUCAGAUUCUUAAAAAUUCAGUGAAAUUUGCAUUUGCCCCUAGCCUCUAUUGUUCUUUUUUGGAUUAGAGAAUGGAGCAAUGAAACAGUUUUAUAAGUUUA